AUGACGCCAACAACCUCCCAAGUAAAUCUUGGGCACACUAUUCAAACGACAGACUUGAUAGUGCAGUUGGUCUUGAAAUUCUAUCCCAUAUAUCGGGUCGAGAAGGCCUUCAUGACGACAAGUAUGCAAGACAACUCCUUCAGAGAAAUGGAUGGAGUUCCACUUGCUCUUACAAGUGCAGGAAUGUACCUGCAACAUACCACGAUGAGCGUCAAGGAUUACCCUCAAAUAUAUCAAGAUUUAUGGGAGUCUCUACACAAAUGA